CACGCCGCACUAGGCAACAUAUUAUCCACUUGUAAACCGGUCCAUAUCAGCAGAGUAAGGACCGACAGCGCGCACUGCGGCGACGCUAUUUGGUUGAAUUCUGUGGAUUGUAGCUCUUCCAAGUGUAUGCCCGAUCCGCCAACACUCUCCUUAUACGGAUCAUGGCAGAGUUGCUGUCCGAGGAUACCAUCGCAGAGUUCAAGGAAGCUUUCCUACUUUUUGAUAAAGACGGAGAUGGUACGAUCACAACUAAAGAACUUGGUACAGUCAUGAGGUCGCUUGGCCAGAAUCCAACAGAAGCUGAGCUACAGGACAUGAUUAACGAGGUGGAUGCUGAUGGUAAUGGAAUCAUCGACUUCCCGGAGUUUCUUACGAUGAUGGCAAAGAAGAUGGGCGAGCAAGAUAGUGACGAGGAGAUCCGUGAAGCUUUCCGUGUUUUUGACAAAGACGGCAACGGUUUCAUCAGCGCCGCGGAGCUCAGGCAUGUCAUGACUAACCUCGGCGAGAAACUCACCGAUGAGGAGGUAGAGGAGAUGAUAAUGGAAGCAGAUAUAGACGGUGAUGGACAAGUCAAUUACGAAGAAUUUGUGAAAAUGAUGUCAGCUAAAUGAGGGCAAUGAAGACUGAACUUAUCCUAAUACCACAAAAUAAUUAAUGUAUUAUAUCAUAUCGUCCCUUAUCUGCUAUCCCUAAGGGGGGGUUAAAGGAUUUUUUCUGAUUCUGCUAUCUCUUAGGGUAUAAAAUUCUUCCAAUUGCUAUUCCUUAGGGGAUGUUUAAUGGUUUUUCCGAUUCUGUAUCUCUUAGGGUUAAAAAUUCCUUCAACCACACCCGAGUUUAAAAUUAAUUUUGCCGACAAUCAUCCCCAUCUGUUUUUAUCGGAGUCCCCCAAGGAUCGGCUCCAUCGAAUAGAGAGAUGCUCGGCAUUGUGUUGUGUUGGGGCGUGUAUGGGAUGAUUCUUCUAAGCUAGUGCGGGCCAAUAGGGAGGUACUGACAUGCCCAUACGUGUUUUGAUGCAUGUGCCACAUACUGUCCAUUACCAGUAUACCGUAGCAGGUGGUAUACAACCAGCAUACUUAGCAAAAAGUAUAGAUGAAUUGAGCAUGUACUAUGUUCAGUCUGUCGUAACAUCAAACAGGAAUUUGAUAAGCUUAAAAUCUAGAGAGACCACACUGAAAAUGUCUGAAAUAGCUAAUCUGAACUUGUUUGAGAAAUUUUACAGUCUUUUUAUAGUCGAUCUUUUCAACGUUUUACAAGAGAACAGUUAACUGACAGUAAAUUUGCAAUUAAAAUGAAUAGUUAAUGUCUUCAAGCAGGACAUUUUAUUUGCUUUAUUUAUAAAAAUGUAUGCAUUAAAAACUUUGAAGAAA